AUUUGACUCCAAAUGUCACAUUCAGCAUAACCAUCUUUUAACCAUUCUUUCAUAUCUGUAUAUAUAUAAACAAAUUUCCAUUUUGCCCGCCAAUCUCAGAGAUGCACGCUCCAAAAGGGUUUGAAGGAGGAUUGCCACACCCUCAACAGGCCCUUUCUCUUCACUUCUCUGCGCGACUCAUUUUGCAUAACACGCGCAGGAAUCAGAACACAGAAAAAAAUUAAAAAAAAUAAUAACCGCAAAGUUUAACCAUAUCUCAUUUGCAUGUGUUGAUAGGGUUUAAAAAUGGCUGAGGAAGAUGUAGGGAAGAAGAGGAGACUCAUCACCAUUGGCGUCUCUAGCAUCUUCCUAGUGGCUAUGGUCAUUGCCGUCACCGUUGGUGUGAACCUGAAUCUGACAGGUUCCGAGGAAGACGAAGAAAAAUCCAAGCCCUACGUUAUUUCCACUAGGAAAGCCGUGAAAACCAUUUGCAAACCCACAGAUUACAGAAAAGAAUGCGAGAAAAGCCUGAGAGCAGAGGCUGGGAACACGACGGACGCAAGAGAACUCAUAAAAAUAGCCUUCAAUGUUACCAUAAAGAAAAUAGGUGACAGUAUCAAGAAAACAGAUCUGAUGAACGAGGUAGAGAAGGACCCUAGGGCAAAGAUGGCGCUUGACACGUGCAAGCAGCUCAUGGAUCUUUCCAUAGGGGAAUUCAAGAGAUCGCUGGAGAGAAUGCGGUCUUUUGACCUCGACAACCUCGACAACAUCCUCAACACUUUGAGGGUUUGGCUCAGCGGUGCUGUCACGUACCAAGAGACAUGUUUGGAUGGGUUCGACCACACCACAGGGGAAGGAGGGAGGAAGAUGAAGCAACUGUUGAAGGUCACCAUGCACCUCAGUAGCAACGCCCUUGCCAUCAUCUCAGAGCUUGCAGACACUGUCGCGGAUUUGAAUGCGACCAUGAAUGGACGUCGUCGCCUUCUCGAUGAUUCAAGGGGUGUUCGUGGUUUUGUCCAUCGUGAGGAUGGGGUUAUUCCCUAUUGGGUUAAUAAUGACGGUGUUCAUAGAUUCCUUCAUGCUCAUUCGAGUCCAAAGACUAUAAAGCCUGAUGUGGUUGUGGCCAAAGAUGGGAGUGGAAAGUACAGGAGCAUCAACAAGGCCUUGCGGCAUGUUCCUAAGAAGAACCAAAAGCCCUUCGUCAUUUACAUCAAGGAGGGUGUUUACCAUGAGUAUGUUGAAGUCAAGAAGAACAUGACCCAUGUCGUGUUUGUGGGUGAUGGUGGCACCAAGACACGAAUCACCGGCAACAGAAAUUUCAUAGAUGGGAUUAAUACUUACAGAACCGCCACUGUUGCCAUUCAAGGAGAUUACUUUGCUGCCAUCAACUUAGGGUUUGAGAACUCUGCUGGCCCCCACAAACAUCAAGCAGUAGCCAUAAGGGUCCAAGCAGACAAAUCCAUUUUCUAUAAAUGCACAAUGGAUGGGUAUCAAGACACACUAUACGCCCAUGCCAUGCGUCAGUUCUACAGAGAUUGCACCAUUUCAGGCACCAUAGACUUCGUCUUCGGUGAUGCAGUGGCUGUUUUCCAAAACUGCAAUUUCGUGGUGAGAAAGCCGAUGGAAAACCAACAAUGUAUUGUGACAGCACAAGGUAGAAAGGAGAGGCACCAACCAUCAGGAACAGUGAUCCAAGGAGGCUCCAUUGUGUCCGAACACAAAGUGAAGUUUCAUAACAAGGCUUACCUAGCUCGUCCAUGGAAGAAUUACUCAAGAACCGUCUUCAUAGACACCUACAUUGGCGAUUUGAUUCAACCUGAUGGGUAUAUGCCAUGGCAAGGACCAAAUGGUCAUUCGGGCAUGGACACUUGUUUCUAUGCCGAGUUCAAUAACACUGGUCCUGGUUCAAACAAAUCCAAGCGUGUGAAAUGGCGUGGGAUCAAGAACCUCGAUUCAGAAGCCGUGUCCCGUUACUUGCCAUACAAGUUUUUUCGUGGAGAUGAUUGGAUUAAAGUUACUAGGGUUCCUUACGACUCAGCUGCAACCUUACCCAAUUACUAAAUAUUUUUUAGGGAGGAACAUGCAUGCGUGCGUGUACAGACUUGUAGUUUUUAAUGUUUGUGUCUUUCACAUUUGUUUGAUUAGUUUAAGUCGUUGUGUAUACUGUAUGUCGUACGUUGUGCCAUAUUUCCCAAACUGCAGAUAGAGGAUCAUGCUCAUGUUUCUGCAGGAUGCAUAGAUUAACAAUUAAUGUAAUUAAAUCCUUCUUUUGGAGAUGAA